AUACAUAAAAAAACAUUAGUCUGCUCAAAGGUCAAUCUAGGGGGCUUAUCUUCAUGAUAAGCCCCAAGCACUACGUAAAUAUGCAUUUGCAGUUUGUACCUAAGAUAAAGAGGUAUCGUUUUUAAACGUUGCUUUUACAUUUAUUGUUAGCAAUGUCCAAGAGAGAUGCAUUUUAUUUUUAUUUAUUUUUUUCGUAUUAAUGUCUGAGAAAGAUAAUUUGAAAAGGGGGCAUUCAAUGGCAAGUCAACACAUGUGGAGGUUUUAGGAGUUAAAUUGAAGCCUUAUGAAAAAUGAACAGCCUCUUAUGCGCUGUCUUCCUUUUUCAAAUAUGGGCGUGGCAGAAAACACGGCGGAAAGAGGCGGCGCGCAUGCGCAUAUCACCUCGAGUGUUUAGCUUUACUAGCGCGUAAUUCCACACAGCAAGUAGUAAGCAGCACAGCAGCAGAGUCACGAAUGAAUCACACACGAAACAGCUUACUUUGGUUUCAAGACAGACGAAGAAUGCCCAAAACGUCGUGAGGGUGGGAAGUGUGACGGGUUUGUCCUGUGUUUUCCCCUGUUUCUCGGGCUGUUGAGAUGGCGUGACCAGUAGUCUCGGCAUGAGAGCUCAGAGCAUUACCUAGUGCUGAUCAGAGAGGGAGGGAGGGAGGUGGUCAUCAUCAUCAUCAUCAUCAUCAUCAUCAUCCUCUGGCCAUCAUCAGUCUCAACAGCACAGGCGCCAUCGCAUCAGAAGGCUUCGUGUACAGUUGGGCAUCUGUUCGUUUCACACAAGAUUGAAAUUUGCAGUGUGGAAUGAGUAUUUCGGGUGAGGGAGAAAGAAACCAGUUCACGUGAAAGUGUCUUCAUCGCUCGUGUGUGUUAGCAUGAUGCUGCCGGGCGUGGGUGUAUUUGGAACAGGGCAGACGGUGCGUGCCCUGGUGCCAUUACUCCAAAAAGAAGGCUUUCCUGUUCAGGCUGUUUGGGGUCGUACACAAGAAGAGGCAGAGUCGCUGGCUAGUGAGUUGGACAUUCCCUUCUCUACCAGCCAGACUGAUGAUGUACUGCUACAUCCAGAGGUUCAUCUCGUUUGCAUAUUGACACCUCCCCCACAUACACGCCAGAUUGCGGUAAAAGCUCUAGGUAUAGGUAAAAAUGUGAUCAGCGAUCAGGCUGCUACUCUGACAGAUGCCUGUAAGAUGGUGACAGCGGCAAGAUAUUAUCCACAGCUUAUGAGUAUCAUGGGAAAUUCUCUGCGUUUCUUGCCCGCCUUUGUCCAUAUGAAACGCCUGCUGGGGGAGGGUUAUUGUGGGACUUUACAGGUGUGUGAAGCACGUGUAUAUGGAGGCUCACUUCUCAGCCAAUCAUAUGGUUGGGCAUGGGAGGAGCUUAUGGGGGGAGGUGGCCUGCACACAGUUGGCUCUUGUAUCAUUGACCUCCUGAGCCACCUCACUGGGCGUCGGGCUAUGCGAGUGCAUGGAAUGCUCCGGACUUUUGUACAUCAAGGUGGCCCAGCGGGAGGAAUUCGUUCUGUAACUGCAGAUGACUACGCUUGCUUUCAGCUGCUGAUGAGUGGAGGUGUGGUCUGCAGUGUGACAUUAAACUUUAAUCUUCCUGGCACAGAUCUGCAUGAGGUCAUGCUUGUGGGGUCAUCAGGGCGACUCAUUGCUCGAGGAACGGAGCUAUAUGGCCAACAGACCAGCAUGCAAGUAGAGGAGAUUCUACUGAAUGAUGAUGAUGGUAGUGGUGGUGGAGGAGGAGUAGGACCAUCUGUCAGUGGGCUGAACGCCAUGGUGACUCAGCUCCGACUUUCCUUUCAGGCACAAGAGGACAGGCGCUCUUGGGCACGGCAUCCUGUUUCCAUGGCAUCCACUUUUGAGGAUGGGCUCUAUGUACAGACAGUUGUGGAUGCCAUCAAACGGUCAAAUCGCACUGGAGAGUGGGAGUCAGUGGAGGUCAAGAUUCAGGAUGUAGACCCAAACCACAACCACAGAACCCUGCAAAAUUAACACAACAUACUGUUAUAUUCAACAUAAACAAUUCUCAAUCCCUAAAAAGACCCAAGACCUACUAACAUCAUUAACCUGCCUUUUAUAGUAACAUAACAGUGCUCACAUUUUAAACAUAAUGAGCCUGAAACUUAAUGCAUUAAUUUCAUAGGCCUUACUAACUGAAUGUUUUUUUCAGUUAUCAUGUGACUUGCAAAACACUGGAGAUGUAUCACCGAAUAGAAAGUGUAGUUUGAGGGGUUUUGUAGCUAAUUUACUGUAACACAAAGCUUAGCUGUGAAAUACUCUUUCAAUGCUUUGCCUAUUUUUAUCUGAUGUUUUGAGUUUAAAUUUGAGCCCUUCCCGUUUUUAUGUGUGUUAUCAGUACUGAAUAUAAUAAGCCUGUGCUCUGCUGGUUUUUUCAUGUAUAUAAACCUUAUUCACAGUACCGCCAUCUUUGAUUUUUGACGUGAAUGAAAACAAGGCUGUGAGGGAUACAUUUACAGUCUUUUCAAUGCGCUGAAUAAAACUGUAUAAAGCUCCAAGAUCACAUCAAAUUUUCAAAAACAUUUUGGAAAAAUGUUUCUGUUUCGUCAGGGGAACAACAGUCAUUGAAGAGACUACGUCUAUCCUUCACAGCUUCGUUGUCAUUUUCAUCAAAAAUUAAAGAUAGUGCUACUGUGAAUAAGGGGAAUACUGUAUAUGUGUGUGUGUGUGCAAGAGAGAGAGCGAGCUACAUUUAAAGGAAGUCAUUUACUCACCCCCAUGAAAUCACAGAUGUGUAUAACUUUAUUUUUCUUUGGAACACACACACACACACACACGCAAAAAGAUUUUUAGAAGAAUAUCUCAGCUCUGUAAGUCCAUACAAUGCAAGUGAAUGGUGGCCAGAACUCAGAAGC